AUGGCGUAUCCAGGUCAGGGCGGACACCACUAUCAGCAGAGCCACGGCGGCGGCGGUGGAGGCUACGGUCCUCCCGGAGGAGGAUACGGACCACCUGGCGGAGGAUACGGCUACGGCGCACCACAGGGCCCGCCUCCCAUGGGCUACCCGUCGGGCGGAGGCUAUGCGCCGCCCAUGCAGCCUCCUCAGGGCGGCGUCCAGGGCCAGAUGGGCUACGGCUACGCUCCUCCCUCCGGCCCCGUCGGCCCCUCGGAGUACGCGACGAACCACGUCAACUACCGUCCGCAGGGCGGCAUGAUGGGCAACGUGCGCUACGAGUACUCGUCGAUGCAGGGCAAGCGCAAGGCGCUGCUCAUCGGCAUCAACUACUUUGGCCAGAACGGCGAGCUGCGCGGCUGCAUCAACGAUGUCAACAACGUCAAGCAGUUCCUGCGCCAGCGCGGCUACAAGGACGACGACAUGGUGGUGCUCACCGACGACCAGCGCGAUGCGCGCAGCAUCCCCACUCGACAGAACAUGACCGCUGCCAUGCACUGGCUCGUACGCGGUGCGCAGCCCGGAGACGCGCUCUUCUUCCACUACAGCGGGCACGGCGGUCAGGCCAAGGCGACGCAGGGCGACGAGGCGGAUGGGUACAACGAGACCAUCAUCCCCGUCGACUACCAGCAGACGGGUCAGAUGGAAGACGACGAGCUGCACGCUAUCAUGGUGCGUCCGCUCCCGGUCGGCUGUAGGUUGACCGCCAUCUUUGACUCGUGCCACUCGGGUACGGCGUUGGAUCUGCCGUACGUCUACACCACCUCGGGCAACAUCAAGGAGACCAACGUCAUGGCGGGCGUCGGCAAGGGUCUGAUGGGUGCGGCGAUGAACUAUGCGCGUGGCGACGUGAUGGGCAUGGCCAAGGGGCUCCUUUCGACGUUUACGACCGCCAAGAAUACCAAUGGCGCCGACGAGAUGACCAAGCAGACGCGCUCGAGCGGUGCCGACGUGGUGAUGCUGAGUGGAUGCAAGGACUCGCAGACGAGCGCAGAUGCCACCGAGGCGGGAAAGGCAACGGGCGCGUGCUCGUUUGCGUUUUUGACCGUCAUGAACCAGUAUCCGCAGCUGACGUACAAGCAGAUGCUCAAUGCGGUGCGCGACGUGCUCGCGUCCAAGUACUCGCAGAAACCGCAGCUGUCGUCGUCGCAUCCCAUCGACAUGGACCUGCUGUUUGUCAUUUAG